GCUAACGUUAGGCUAACGUUAAGCUAACGUUAGCUUGAUAUUAGUAUAGUAUUGUCUUCUACCAGGCUAACCCUGUUCAAUCCGAAAAACACACAAACAGGACAAUCUGUCGAUGCAUGAAGUAUAAAUCACAGUUUUUACAAGGACAGACUUACUCUUAUUCAGGAAAAAACGUUAAAAUAAAACAUUACUACCUUUCGUAUUAGCCGAGCUGAUUCUGUUUCACAUCCGGUGCAAAUCAUGCUGACAACAAGCAAAGCAACCAAUCAUCGCAGUCGGUUCAAACAAGACAGCCAAUCACACAACUCAAGAGCGGCGGAAGUAGUUCCUCUGUUCUUCGUUGGUGUUACUCUACUGGACGUCCAUGUAUGGAAGACGUCCGUCCAUUUUUGUAAAUUAAAGCUUUGAAAUUCAACGUUUUCGCUGUUUUUUGUUCUCUAACUCGGGAUGAUUGAACCUAAGAAGAGAGUGGCGGACAUGGCGGUGGUUCCUGCUGCCGUGAAACGGCCCCGGACGGAGCUAGUGGCGGCGGCUCAGUCUCAGCAACUCGUGGCGAUGGGCCCCCCACGAAGCUCCAGCAUGCAAGCUCCUAUCAUGCUGAUGUCUGGCCACGAGGGCGAGGUCUACUGCUGCAAGUUUCAUCCCAACGGAGCCACGCUGGCUUCCUCAGGAUUUGACAGGCUCAUAUUGCUGUGGAAUGUGUAUGGAGAUUGUGAAAAUUACGCCACUCUAAAGGGCCAUAGUGGAGCAGUGAUGGAGCUGCACUACAACACAGAUGGCAGCGUGCUGUUUUCAGCAAGCACAGACAAGACUGUAGGUGUGUGGGACAGUGAAACAGGCGAGAGGAUCAAGCGUCUGAAGGGCCACACCUCCUUCGUUAACACCUGCUACCCGGCCCGCCGUGGGCCUCAGCUUGUCUGCACCGGCAGCGAUGACGGGACAGUCAAGCUGUGGGACAUUCGUAAGAAGGGGGCAAUCCACACUUUCCAGAACACCUAUCAGGUGCUGGCCGUCACCUUCAACGACACCAGCGAUCAGAUCCUGUCAGGAGGCAUCGACAACGACAUCAAGGUGUGGGACCUGAGGCAGAAUAAGCUGAUCUACAACAUGCACGGCCAUGGUGACUCAGUAACUGGACUCGCACUGAGCUCUGAGGGAUCAUACCUUCUCUCAAACUCCAUGGACAACACAGUGCGUAUUUGGGAUGUUCGACCAUUUGCGCCCAAGGAGAGAUGUGUGAAGAUUUUCCAGGGAAAUGUUCACAACUUUGAAAAGAAUUUGCUGAGGUGCUCCUGGUCUACUGAUGGCAGUAAGAUAGCUGCAGGCUCAGCUGACAGAUUUGUGUAUAUUUGGGACACCACAUCACGUAGAAUCCUGUACAAGCUGCCGGGCCACGCUGGCUCUGUCAAUGAAGUGGUCUUCCACCCAGAGGAGCCUAUAGUGCUGUCUGGCUCCAGUGAUAAACGACUCUACAUGGGAGAGAUUCAGUAGAGCUUUUAUGUGUGUAAACUUGGAUGAGUGAGUGUGAGGGUGUGUGUGUGUGUGUGUGUGUGUGUGUGUGUGUGUGUGUGUGUGUGUGUCCAGCAAGCGAGUGUCCUGCCUUGGAAGUGGAUGGGUGGUGAUAGACAGUGGGUCAGGAGUCUCUGUACUUUCAUGUGCUUCAGUUUGUCUCAGAACAACCUCAGGACAUGUUUAAAGUUUAUUAUGCUCAGUCACAACAACAUCUAUGAUGACAUGUUUUGUAUUCUGAUUUGUUUCUUUUUAAUAAACUUGGGUUUUCUCUAAAA